AUGUCCCAAUCAGUGAAUGAACAACGAGAAUUAAAAAUGAGCGCACAGAGGAAGCUUGCUCAAGCCAAAACGCCCAUUGAAAAAUUGAGAUAUACUUGUCUAUCUCGUGGAGCUAGUGGCAUCAAUGGUCUUGCUCGUCAAUUUCGCAUUAUUGAUGACGACGGCAAUAAACAAUUGUCAAAAGAGGAGUUUGCUAAAGGUUGCCACGACUUCAAGGUUGAUCUCUCUAAGGAAGAGAUUGAUCAAGUUUUUGCAGAAAUUGAUCGAGAUGGAUCUAACUCACUCAACUUUGAUGAGUUUCUCGAGGCUUUGAGACCACCAAUGCCUGAGUGUCGCAAAAAGUUGGUUGAAACGGUCUUCAAAAAAAUGGACAAAACUGGCGAUGGUGUUAUUACUGUUGAUGAUCUAAGGGGUAUAUAUAACACUAGAAACCAUCCAAAGUAUUUAAGUGGUGAACUUUCCGAAAAGGACAUCAUGCGUGAAUAUCUCAAAACCUUCGAAAGCAGAGGUGAUGUUGAUGGAAUAGUGACUUGGGAUGAGUUUUUGAGUUACUACAGCGGUGUGAGUUCAUCAAUUGAUGACGACAUUUACUUCGACUUAAUGAUCCGGAAUGCCUACAAGUUAUAG